AUGCUAAUUUCAACUAUCCAACGGGCCAGCUAUUCAAGGAUCCUGAACAAACGUGCCCCAUGUCUGGUGGACAACGACCUGUUAGCUCGGAUGCUCCGGAAACAGUACAUCCGAUCACAACGCGACCGGGGUUCCGGUCCCGUACCUACCCAACCGCACCAGGCUGGCAAGUUUCCACAUGAGGCGCGUGGGGGCCGAACAAAACUGACGCGCACGGUUGGCGGUCUCGUCGACUAG